UACACAUCCUUCAGGCGGUGGAAUACACACAGCGGCACGCGCGCUGAGGGGGGAAACAAACCAGUCGUUCAAUUGAUCUUGCUUUGAGAACGUUCCAAUUCCCUCUCUACGCGAGCUGGGCGUCCGGGAUAGAAACGUCUUGUUAAUGACUCGCAUUUCCCCGCCCUCCAAUCGCCUAGUGCCAAAACAAAAAGGAACGCAGAAUGGGCUUUUUUCGAUAGCGAAGCAGACAGCAAGUGGCGACCGAUGCGUGGUGCUUUCCCUUGUUUAUUGCCCUCUGCUCGCAGCCGUUUGAGUGGGAGAGGGAGAAAAGGCGAGCGUUAGGACUCGGGGGAAAUCUCCCGCUUUUCGCUUCUUCAAUCAGCGUGUCCUGCUCCUCAGAUCAAGGAUAGCUGAGGUUUCAGCCGUGUUCGGGAGAUCUGCUCCAGUCCCAACUCUCCGGGUUUAUCAAUGCAAGGGAUGUUUGCAGGACGCACGGAGAACCGGGUCUGCUGCUGCUGCUAUUGCCGUGGGAAGGGCAUGUGAACUCCCUCAAAGAAUGACUAGGAUUGCUACGUUUGCCAUUCUCUUGCAGCUGUUGCAAAGAACCCGGGGACAAGUCUUUGCAGGUGGUUGUUCCUUUGAUGAACAUUACAGUAACUGUGGUUAUAGUGUGGCACUGGGGACCAAUGGAUUUACUUGGGAACAGAUUAAUACCUGGGAGAAACCAACAAUGGAUCCAGCUGUCCCAACUGGCUCCUUCAUGAUGGUGAAUAGUUCUGGGAGGGCAUCUGGCCAAAAAGCCCACUUGCUUUUACCAACACUGAAGGAAAAUGACACCCACUGCAUUGAUUUCCAUUACUACCUGUCCAGCCGAGACCGAUCCAGCCCUGGAUCCUUGAAUGUUUAUGUGAAAGUGAAUGGUGGACCUCAAGGCAACCCUAUCUGGAAUGUCUCUGGGCUUGUUACAGAAGGUUGGGUGAAAGCAGAGCUUGCUAUCAGUACUUUCUGGCCACACUUUUACCAGGUCAUAUUUGAAUCGGUUUCCUUGAAGGGACACCCUGGGUACAUAGCUGUGGAUGAAGUCAGAGUCCUUGCUCAUCCAUGCAGAAAAGCUCCUCACUUCCUGCGGCUUCAGAACGUGGAGGUUAAUGUCGGCCAGAAUGCAACAUUCCAAUGCAUUGCAGGAGGAAAGUGGUCUCAGCAUGACAAAUUGUGGCUACAGCAGUGGAAUGGAAGAGACACAGCUUUAAUGGUCACCAGAGUAGUCAACCAUAGACGUUUUUCUGCUACGGUCAGCGUAGCUGAUACAUCCCAACGCAGUAUCAGUAAAUACCGAUGUGUAAUCCGUUCUGAUGGUGGAUCAGGAGUUUCAAACUAUGCAGAAUUAAUAGUGAAAGAACCACCCACUCCUAUUGCUCCUCCAGAACUUCUAGCAGUUGGAGCCACAUACCUAUGGAUCAAGCCAAAUGCCAACUCCAUCAUUGGAGAUGGGCCUAUCAUCCUGAAAGAGGUAGAAUACCGUACAACCAAUGGGAAUUGGGCUGAAACCCACAUUGUUGAUUCUCCCAAUUACAAAUUAUGGCAUCUUGACCCUGAUGUGGAAUAUGAGAUCAGAGUACUUCUUACCCGUCCUGGAGAAGGAGGAACUGGACCUCCUGGGCCUCCACUCACAACAAGAACAAAAUGUGCUGAUCCAGUCCAUGGUCCCCAGAAUGUAGAGGUUGUAGACAUCCGAUCACGGCAGUUGACUUUGCAAUGGGAACCCUUUGGUUAUGCUGUGACUCGUUGCCACAGUUAUAACUUGACAGUUCAUUACCAGUAUAUAUUCAACCAGCAGAAAUAUGAAGCAGAGGAACUAAUUCAGACAUCAUCACAUUACACGUUGCGUGGAUUGCGACCCUUCAUGACUAUCCGAUUGAGGUUGGCUCUUUCAAAUCCAGAGGGCAAGAUGGAGAGUGAAGAAUUGGUGGUGCAAACUGAAGAGGAUGUUCCUGGAACUGUUCCCCUUGAAUCUAUUCAGGGAGGACCCUUUGAAGAGAAGAUCUAUGUUCAGUGGAAGCCACCAAAUGAAACCAAUGGAAUAAUUACUCUCUAUGAGAUUACCUACAAGGCUGUUGGAUCUCUAGAUCCUACUGCUGACUUGUUGAACCAGAGAGGAAAAGUCUUCAAACUAAGGAAUGAAACUCACCACCUCUUUGUAGGGUUAUACCCGGGAACUACCUAUUCAUUCACCAUUAAAGCCAGCACAGUAAAAGGUUUUGGACCACCCAUCACCACACGGAUUGCAACUAAAAUUUCAGCCCCAUCAAUGCCAGAAUAUGAUGCUGACUCCCCUCUGAAUGAAACAGAGACCACCAUUACAGUCAUGCUGAAGCCUGCACAGUCUCGUGGUGCACCGGUCAGUGUCUAUCAGCUUGUUGUGAAAGAAGAACGGCCACAGAAAUCACGAAGAGCUGCAGACAUCGUUGAAUGUUUCUCUGUUCCAGUGAGCUACAAAAAUGCUUCAAGUCUUGACUCCCCCCAUUACUUUGCAGCUGAGUUGAAACCAGUCAGUCUUCCAGUUACACAGCCUUUCACAGUGGGAGACAAUAAAACAUACAAUGGCUAUUGGAAUGCUCCACUUUCACCCUUGAAAAGCUACAGCAUUUAUUUUCAGGCUCUUAGUAAAGCAAAUGGGGAGACCAAAAUAAAUUGUGUCCGGCUGGCCACCAAAGGAGCUUCUACACAGAAUUCUAAUGUGGUGGAGCCAGAAAAACAGGUUGAUAAUACUGUGAAAAUGGCUGGAGUUAUAGCUGGUCUUCUGAUGUUUGUAAUUAUCCUUUUGGGAGCAAUGCUUACAAUCAAAAGAAGGAGCGGUGCAGUAGAUCCAAGAAGAAAUGCAUAUUCCUACUCCUAUUACUUGAAACUAGCCAAGAAGCAGAAAGAGACCCAAAGCAGCAGUCAACGAGAAAUGGGGCCUGUUGCUGCUUCAGACAAGACUGCUACAAAACUCAGUGCUGCUCACAAUGAAGACACUUUCACUUCAGGCUGCCAAGAUGUUAAUGGAUUCACACCAUCCUCUCCAUGUUCAUUUUCUGUCCAAAGCAAAACCCUUCAGAUCAAAUCAUUGUUGAAUUCCUACUACUCAGUAUCCUCAGACACUGUUCCACCGACCACACUGUUAGACAAUAGCCAUGGGGAGAUGACUCAACCGACACUGACAAUCCAGACCCAUCCCUAUCGAAGCUGUGACCCAGUGGAAAUGUCCUAUCCCAGGGGACAGUUCCAGCCAGCAAUCCGAGUGGCCGACUUGUUGCAGCACAUCACUCAGAUGAAACGGGGACAGGGCUAUGGAUUUAAAGAGGAGUAUGAGGCUUUACCCGAAGGGCAGACAGCAUCUUGGGACACCGCCAAAGAAGAUGAAAACCGCAAUAAGAAUAGAUAUGGCAACAUCAUCUCCUAUGAUCACUCCAGGGUAAGACUGCAGUUGCUAGAUGGAGAUCCCCAUUCAGAUUACAUUAAUGCAAACUAUAUUGAUGGAUACCAUCGGCCUCACCAUUACAUUGCAACUCAAGGGCCAAUGCAAGAGACAGUGAAGGAUUUUUGGAGGAUGACCUGGCAGGAGAAUUCUGCAAGUGUUGUCAUGGUCACCAACCUGGUGGAAGUUGGCAGGGUGAAGUGUGUCAGAUACUGGCCUGAUGACACAGAAGUCUAUGGAGAUAUCAAAGUGACCUUAAUUGAGACAGAACCAUUGGCAGAAUAUGUCAUACGUACUUUUACAGUCCAAAAAAAAGGCUACCAUGAGAUUCGAGAGAUUCGUCAGUUCCACUUCACUAGCUGGCCAGACCAUGGGGUUCCUUGUUAUGCUACAGGUCUCUUGGGCUUUGUUCGACAAGUGAAGUUUCUCAACCCACCAGAUGCAGGGCCUAUUGUUGUGCAUUGCAGUGCUGGUGCCGGGAGGACAGGGUGCUUUAUUGCCAUUGACAUCAUGCUUGACAUGGCAGAGAACGAAGGUGUGGUGGAUAUAUUUAAUUGUGUGCGGGAGUUGCGAUCCCAGAGGGUUAACUUGGUGCAGACAGAGGAGCAGUAUGUCUUUGUUCAUGAUGCCAUUCUGGAAGCGUGCCUUUGUGGCAACACCGCCAUUCCUGUUUGUGAAUUCAGAUCUAUAUACUACAACAUCAGCAGACUGGAUCCACAGACAAAUUCCAGCCAGAUAAAAGAUGAAUUUCAGACCCUUAAUAUUGUUACUCCUCGAGUACGUCCAGAAGAUUGCAGCAUUGGACUUUUGCCAAGGAAUCAUGACAAGAAUCGUUGCAUGGAUGUACUUCCUUUGGAUCGGUGCCUCCCCUUCCUUAUCUCUGUUGAUGGAGAAUCAAGCAACUAUAUUAAUGCUGCACUCAUGGAUAGCCACAAGCAACCUGCUGCCUUUAUAGUUACUCAGCAUCCAUUGCCCAACACUGUAGCUGAUUUCUGGAGGCUAGUGUUUGAUUACAACUGUUCUUCUGUUGUGAUGCUGAAUGAAAUGGAUGCUGCCCAACUUUGUAUGCAGUACUGGCCAGAGAAGACAUCUUGUUGUUAUGGGCCAAUCCAAGUGGAAUUUGUUUCUGCUGACAUAGAUGAGGAUAUUAUUAAUCGGAUAUUCCGGAUCUGCAACAUGGCAAGGCCGCAAGAUGGGUACCGUAUUGUUCAGCACUUGCAGUAUAUUGGCUGGCCAGCAUAUAGGGACACUCCUCCUUCCAAGCGCUCUCUCCUGAAGGUGGUCAGGCGGUUGGAAAAGUGGCAGGAGCAGUAUGAUGGGCGAGAUGGACGGACUGUGGUCCAUUGCCUGAAUGGCGGUGGCCGCAGUGGCACCUUCUGUGCCAUAUGUAGUGUGUGUGAAAUGAUCCAGCAGCAAAAUAUCAUUGAUGUAUUUCACAUAGUGAAAACCUUACGGAACAACAAGUCCAACAUGGUGGAGACAUUGGAACAAUAUAAAUUUGUAUAUGAGGUUGCACUGGAAUACUUAAGUUCAUUUUAGCUCAUCAGGGCAGGGAGCUAAAAGAUUCCUAAAGCCUUGAUGUUUAAAGGACACUGGCUCCCCACUUUCCUUCAGAGGAGUACUGGGCUAAAGGAUAUAAAGCUCUUCAUCCUUGAAUGAGAAACCAGGUCAGAGCUCAGUGCCGGAGGAGAGAACUGCUGCCAUCUGUUUUUAGAACAUUCUUGCCUUUUAAGCAACCUACUAUGGCAAAAGCAAGAGGCAGGCUGGAAUACUCUGCUUUCUAAUCCCUUCUGACUGCUUCUCCCUAUCAUUUUGGAUGUGUCUUUUUUUCUCCCUUGACGCAAACAGGAGUGUGUGUGUGUGUCUGUGUGUAUG